GUUCUUAAUUUCAGUUUGCCAGCUGGACUCAAGUAAGGGGAAAGAAAGAGUAAUAUGAAUUCCUAAAUGCAGUACCUGGCGGUCGUAACUCCUGAGGGUGGGACUAUAAGGAUGAGUGUGGCAACUCCAUCCUCUUUAUCCUGAGGGGACUGUACAGAACAGACAGGUAGAGCUGUCUGGAGCGGAGGACGCUGUCGGACGACUGGGGAUCACAGGCUUGAGCAAUUUUCAGAUAGCGCCGGAGGUUGCAGCAUGAGCUACUACAUGGAUCCCGUCCCUGCAGGCCUGGCCUCACAAUCCUAUGGCCGUCCCAGCAUGAUGAGACACGGUUCUAUGGGCAUGUACCCGGAUCCUGGUGUGACCAGCCCCUACCUACCACAGCAGUUCUGCCAGCCACGCCCAUACUGUCCACAAGAGGUUGCUCUUCAGGAGGUCCCAACAGGCCACGAGUUUUGCGCUGCAGAUCUGGAGUGCAGUGAUGUUCCCUUGCUCACCCCCGGAAGUAAAGAGAUGAUGUCACAAGCCUUGAAAGCCACCUUCAGCGGGUUCACGAAGGAGCAGCAGAGGCUCGGAAUACCGAAAGAUCCCAGGCAGUGGACAGAGACCCAUGUCAUUGAGUGGCUGACGUGGACCGUGAACGAGUUCAGCCUGAAAAACGUGGACUUUCACAAGUUCUGCAUGAACGGCGCCAGUCUCUGCGCUCUGGGGAAAGAGCGCUUUUUGGACCUCGCCCCCGACUUUGUAGGAGACAUCCUCUGGGAACAUCUUGAGAUGCUGCAGAAAGAAGACGUGAAGCAUUUCCCUGUCAACGGACUGACCUCCAACAUCCAGGAAUCCCGCUAUACCUCAGAUUACUUCGUCAGCUAUGGCAUCGAGCAUGCCCAAUGCGUUCCUCCAUCAGAAUACUCCGAGCCAGGCUUCAUUACGGAGUCGUACCAGACGCUGCACCCCAUCAGCUCGGAGGACCUGCUGUCCCUGAAGUACGAGAGUGACUACCCCUCCGUGAUCCUCCGCGAUGCCCCUCUAAACCCCCUACAGGGGGACUACUUCUCCAUCAAGCAGGAGGUCAUCUCCCCCGACAACAUGUGCGUGGGGCGCAUCAGCCGAGGAAAGCUGGGUGGCCAGGACUCCUUCGAGAGCAUCGAGAGCUUCGAGAGCUGCGACCGGCUCACGCAGUCCUGGAGCAGCCAGUCCUCCUUCAACAGCCUGCAGCGCGUGCCCUCCUACGACAGCUUCGACUCGGAGGACUACCCCAGCGCCCUGCACGGCCACAAGCCCAAGGGGACCUUCAAGGACUACGUGCGGGAGCGGGCCGACCUCAACAAGGACAAGCCGGUCAUCCCGGCUGCGGCGCUGGCUGGCUAUACAGGAAGUGGACCCAUUCAGCUGUGGCAGUUUCUCUUGGAGCUUCUGACAGACAAGUCAUGCCAGUCUUUCAUCAGCUGGACUGGUGAUGGCUGGGAGUUUAAACUAUCCGACCCAGACGAGGUCGCCAGGCGAUGGGGAAAACGGAAAAACAAGCCCAAGAUGAACUACGAGAAGCUGAGUCGAGGGCUGCGCUACUACUACGACAAAAACAUCAUCCACAAGACAUCAGGGAAGCGAUAUGUGUACCGCUUUGUAUGUGACUUGAAAAGCCUUCUAGGUUACACUCCAGAGGAGCUGCAUGCCAUGUUGGAUGUAAAGCCUGAUGCCGACGAGUGAAGUGAAGGAGAGAUAACCGGAGGACUGUGAAUUGAAGGAUUAACUGAGUAUUGGUGGGUGAAGUGGGAUAUGCAGGAUUUUUUUUUGUAAGUGCGGAGCUGUUUAUCAUUUGCCACGUGAGCUGUUCAAAGAGGAAAUUUACAAAGAGAGCCUCGAAACCUGUGCACCUCUUCAUAUUCUCUAGCAGCAAAAGACUGAACUCCUGAAGUUUGUACUUUCAUAUACAAAUAUGUACGGUGCAGCUCAAGGCAGAUAGAUUGCUAGCAGUUAAAAAAACAGAAAGCUGAGCAUUUUCGCUUUAGUAGCACAAGAAACUGACAUGGAGGGAAGCCGGAAGAGCGCAGAGGAUGCUGGGAUGGAUUGAACAAGGAUGGGAAGUUACUGCUACAAAAAUUUGCCAAAUAAAAGGAACUAUAUAGAAUAUAUAUCUUAUUUUCUUUGUUAUUGCUGUCUUACUGCCCUUCUGUGCAGAGAACAAAUGGGCAGUUCUCAGUUGGGACCAAAAAUGUUUUUUCAUUUUUUGUUUUAAAUAGAAGUUUGUGCCAGUAUUAUCGUCUUAACGAAUUCCAUGUUGUACGUUUGUGGCUAAGUAUUGGGUUUGACAGUUUUAAUGUUGAUGAAGGUAAGAUCCCAUCAAAUUUGUGAAUGCUAGGUAUGCGUCUUAAAUCUGAAGAGAAUUGGACAUUAGACUAGACAUUUUAAGAAUAUUGGUUUGUAGACAACACUGGAGACAUAGUGCUUCAUCAUUUUCCACUUUGGUGACAGUAUUAAAUUGAAAAAAAAAAACACUCCAAUGAAAUAUUCCACCUCAUACCAAGAGUGACUGAUAUGCACAACUGAAAGUGACAGUUGCUUUUUUAACUGAUGCAGUCGUCUUUGCAACCUCACUGCCAGUUCAGCAAGCAAAAAAAAAGAAAACUCACCUACACACCACCCAAACCUGAGAGCCAGUCUUGAUAUGCAUGUGGUCACUAGCGUUCUGUUGGGGUUCCCUAAAAGCAUUGCUAUGGGGACCUUGCUUGGUUUCAAAGUUUCACUCUAUUCACUUUAGUUGAUUAAAUCAGCACAAGACAUUUUAAGUGUUACAAAGUCUUGUUUUUUAUUUUCACUUUUGGUAUUGUAUCCCCGAAAAACAACUGCUGGUAUUCCAGUAAGGUACUGGAAGAAUAAAGGCUUCUUUUCUUAGUGGAACUUUGUUGAAUUGGGAGCCAUUCAGUCGGGCAAUUGUUACACGAGAGGGCUUCAGAAUGUAGGUUGAAUGUACUGCAUUUUAGCAUCUGUGCUAGAACUGCAGAUGCUAACCUUGAAAAUGGAGGUGUGAUCUAUUGUGCGCUGAUGUUUAAAUACAGAGCCUAAUAGUGAACCAGAUUGUUUUUUUUGGUGGCGCAGAUGUUAGACUUAGGAAAGACUGAGCUUGAAUGUAAAUAACUAUAAAAAGACAAACUGGAGGCUUCUUGAGAAAGGACACACCUGGGUGGUAGAAAAAAAAACUAAUAACAGAAGUGUUUCUGAUGCUAGAAAGAGCUUUUAAAAGCCGUUAUAAUGCAAUUUAAAGAGUAACAAUUGCCAAGGAAAAUCUGGAACAGAAUAAGAAGCAUUUGCUCAAAUUCCAAACUGAGGACUAUUCCACAGAACUUAACCCUAAAAAUGAUGAAAACCCUUUUCAAUUAAAUAACAUACAGCACACUAAAUUAAAUAUGUCAAAAAGGACUCAAUGACAUUUUCAAAAAAAAACCUUGGCUGGCUGUUUUAUGAUAAAACUCCAAGGAAGCACUCAUGCUGUUACCAGACAGUUUCAAGUGCAGUUUCGCGCUUCAAACAGAAUGUCAGAAAACAAAAACCGGUAUUUCUUCAAAAGCAGGACAGACCUUGCAGGAAGAUCACAAUAUUUCAUUAACUAAGAAUAGAAACUGUUAUGGUGAAUAAACGGUAACUUGUCGUCUUUGUGUGAGUGUUACAUAGAAAUUUGUUUCUAGAGAUUAAGGAAUGUGUUUGAAAUAUUAUUCUUAAAUCUGCAAUGAAAAUGUAUAUAAAAUGAUAGAUAAAGCACACAUGAUAGGUUCUGCAUAGGGUCUUUGAAGGAGACAAGUCUUUGGCAUUAAAUAUUAUUGUUUGGGUCUGACAUACAACAGGACAGGUUUUUCGCCCAGUUUAUUAUUUAUGGGCUGAACCUCACUUGUUGAGGAGUUGACAAGAGCACCAUUCCACGUGUGCAGAAUCAGCUGGCCUCUGUAUGAAGAAUGGGGUUCGGUUUUGCAAUCAGUCACCUCUUCUCUUUCACUGGAAGGAGGGCAGCUAUCCUUUCCUGAUGCCACAAUCGGAUUGCCGCGACAUCUGCGUCGCCUUUUUUAACCAUGGUAUCAUUUUCUUGAGUCGCGGGCAGAAAAAAGAACAACAAACACAACCAAAAUCCCAGCACUGCACCCCCUUCUCUUCAGUUGUCUGGAAGCUGGCAGGAGCAAGGGUUGGGAUAGACAUACAGCAAUUCUUCUUUAGGUUCUGCUAUUCCAAAGAAUGUUUCUUGCCAGGCUCUUUACACGUAAUGUCAUGUAUACCACAUGGAAUCCCCAAUUUUACAUUGUAAUGUGGAAUUGUGCGCCCUAGGAAUUUUUCUGACAGGCGUGUCAAUUUUUGAAGGGCAAUAUAUCAGAUUCAGGAUUGCAUCAGUGAGGCACAGUAUUAUGUUCUUCCCUGCCUUUUGUGUAAACUCCUCUGGAUUUGAUUCCUUUAAAAUAUGCCUUUUAAAGCAAUCUUUUUAAGUGGAAGUGGAAUUUUCUUGCAAAGGUUUGGAGUGUGGUAUAAUAUAGAUGAACCAUUGUAUAGCAUGUAUCAUUCUCAAUGGACCAUGUUUUGUCUGAUAUAUGCAUACCAAGGAGUAUUCCGCAAGGAACACGUUUCGUUGUUAUUAUUGUAUUUUUUUAAUAUUGUCUCUGUAUUUUUUGUUAAUGAGAUCAUUUUUAUGUAAGUUUCACGAGCAUUUGAGUAUUUUUCAAAUAAUUUAUAUUUUAUAAACUUCGAAAUAAGCAGACAGCUGGUGCUUUAAUGGAGGAAAAAAAAGGUAUUACAGAAAAAAAAUGUAGCGAUUUACUUUUUUAUACAGAAAAUAAAUAAAAAAAUGACCUGUCUGCAAACAAGUUGUGUUAAAAGGCUGAUGCUGGGCCAUCAUUGAUAUCUGCUGGAAAGUUUUAUAAACUGUAGCCUUAUUUCUUAUUGUACUUCAAAUGGUUAUGUUACAAAAAAUAUAUGUGAACAAAAAUAUUUCAUAA